GGAGCUGUGUCUGGUUCCGUACAGGCCUCUGACCGCCUGAUGAAGGAGCUUAGAGAGAUCUACAGGUCUCAGAGUUACAAGACAGGCAUCUAUUCAGUCGAGCUUGUCAACGACAGCCUGUAUGAAUGGCAUGUCAAACUAAGGACGGUGGAUCCAGAUAGCCCCUUGCACAGUGAUUUACAAGUCCUAAAGGAAAAGGAAGGAAUGGAUUACAUUUUACUAAACUUCUCAUAUAAAGAUAAUUUCCCCUUUGAUCCACCGUUUGUCCGGGUGGUUUCCCCAGUGCUUUCUGGAGGUUAUGUUCUAGGAGGAGGUGCUCUGUGCAUGGAACUUCUCACCAAACAGGGGUGGAGCAGUGCCUAUUCCAUUGAGUCUGUCAUCAUGCAGAUCAAUGCCACUUUAGUCAAAGGAAAAGCCAGAGUGCAGUUUGGAGCCAAUAAAAACCAGUACAAUCUUGCCAGAGCACAGCAGUCCUACAAAUCCCUGGUUCAGAUCCAUGAAAAGAACGGCUGGUACACACCCCCUAAGGAAGAUGGCUAAAACGGACUCUAGCCUUUCCUGCACUGGGACCACAUGUCUUUGUCUUUUCUUUCUCCCUUGCGACCAAUAUUUUUUUUAAUCCUGCAAACCAUUUUGUUCUCUACACAAGUUUGAACUCCAGACCAACUUCCUCAUUCUUUGACCCAAAUACUGGCACAGAAACUUAACACACAAAUACCCCACCACCACCCCCCACACACACCCCCCACCUGAAAUUUACAUCCAAGCUCAUCAGCUACUCGCAAGGGUGUCCUCUCUUCAGAUAUUUAUCUCUCUGUACAUCUGUUGUCCUAUACAAUCUAAUUUUUCCAUUGCAACAUUCACAUACUCCAGGAAAAUGGUGGACUAAAUAUCGCAUAAAAUCACCCUUUGGUUUGGCCGAUGAGCGUGCCAAGGUUACUUGCUGGCUGUGAGUUGAAAGGUGUGGCAUGGCUUCAUCCAGCAGUCUGAUUCUCCAGUCGCCGGACAGUGCCUCUCUGGCCACUGACUGGAUCUGAGAAUGGCAUGCGACAUUCCCAGAUUUGAUGCAGUGGUGGCUGGGAAGGACAUUUAAAUGCUGGUGGUGGGAAGUACCACUGCCGUUUCUCUCCAUGGACGGCGUCUGUAAUAUUGUGCUCAUGUUUUGUCUUUGUAAUGCCAAGAUCCCUCCCUGGGAAUAACGUGAGACCAGCUUGCUUUCAAACCUCUUAUGUUUUAAAGCUUGAAGCCCUGAGAUGGGAAGGAAGAUAAGAGACUUUCGCAGCCUGGGUGGGACAGCCCAUAAUGAAGAACAGCAUCCUGCUGAGCUCCAAAAUUGGAGACCACUGUCAUCAUCACAACCAGCAACUGGACAACUCCCUGCAGGAGAGGUUUGGUGUGUGGCUAGGCUGGCAACACAAGAACAUGACCAGGCAACGCAGGGGCGUGUUUGGAUUCGAUCACACUGUAAUGUAGUUGAUUUUAACUCCACAUGUAAACAUGUAAAUUUGUAUUUCUGCAAAAGGAUUUAAUUGUUUAUAAUGUAACCUUGUCUGGGUCUUUGGCUGGGCAAAGACUGUAUUAUUAUAUACCCUUGACUAUUAACUGCAGGGGCACUGCAACUUCUCAAGACCCAUUUAGAAUAAGAAAAAGUCGCUUCACGGAUACUCUUGCAGAAGGAAACAAAAGUAUGCCAUGUUCUUAUGUAAGCUUAAUGACUACUGCGGUAUUGUGUGUUUUUUUUGUUUGUUUUUUUUUUGUUUGUUUUUUUUAAUAUUGUUUUGUAAUCCUCAUGUUAUUGGCAACAGUGACGGCACCAUUCCCCUUAUUUGAUAGCACCUCUUAACUACAGUGGCCGUAACAAUAAUGGCAUAGACACAGCUGUUUCUGGCAUUCCAGAGGUUUGGCUUUUCAUAUCUAAUCACUCAAACCGGAUGAACCUCAGAAAGGCUAUGCAGUGAAGACAGUUUUGUGGAGUUUUGUCGUACUGAAGAAAAUUAGUCUUAACAGCAUUGUCACCUGCUUAGUUAUUGCAGCUGGUUCACAUCCUGAGCACUUUGCCAAUCCUGCAGUUGUAACAGUCUGGAGAAAAAAAAAAAAAGUGACCUUUACCUUCUGACUUUUCCUUGACCUCAUGGCUGGUUUUCAGAUGCAGCCAGAGUUUCAAAUUCACAGCAAUAGUCGUGACCAUAUACCCUCUGGCUUCACACCUGGGAAGAUCGACUGGAGUCGUUCCAUUUCCAGAAUAUUUGUGUGGGUUUGAUAAAUAUUUGUUCAGAUUUGCCACAGGAAGGACCCAGCUCUUCCCAUUACCAACUCCUCUGGUUACUAUUCAUAACCACUCUCAGCGCUGCUGUACCCCUCAGCGUGCUGGGUCUUUGAUGUAAUGUGAAUAAUAUGCAGAAAACUGUGUGGAGCAUUCCAAUUAAUGCAGUUACACGUUUGUUGUGGGUGUUCUAUUGUGUGGUUACUUGCAUUGUUUUAAGUAUAUUGUCCUGAAAACCAGCAUAGAAAGCUUAGUUAUGCUAAUUCAUACGGUCAUUCCUCAUUUUUAAGUUGAUUCAUAAUAUUCUCAGUGAUAUUAUCCUCAGUCAGAACACCAAUGUCUUGAAAACAGGUUGAGGGUGGUACAAAACAUACAGCUUGGCCAUGUUCAGCACGUCUGACGUCGGUUUAGACCUGCAGGAUGUGUAUAACAAGUGUCACCCUCCUUUCUUGUUUCACCACAAACAAAAUCGCAACAUGACUAUGGAUCAUUGGCAUGGUUGUUAGCCGUUGUGAUGCCAUUGGUAACGUACUAAUCACUUCAUUCUGGUCACAUUGUUGAGCCCACCCCUGCAUUCUCUGGAGAAGCAAACUCAGGAAUACAUACUGCACACUCGACUUUGCAAAGGAUUGCUUCAGAAUAUUGUCAUGAAACCUAAGAUUGAACGUGUCAAUCUUUUUUUGGGCCACUUUAAAACGAUGACCCUGUUAAACGGAUAGGCAUUGCAGUGUGUUUUGUGUCGGAUUGCACACACUUCGAUUUUCUGAAUGCCGUUGAGCUUGAUAAAUAAUUAAAGCAAGUUUUUGGAAAGAUCAGAUAUGUGGACCGGGGAUUUGCUCCCACCCUCAGAUUUUUGUGCGCUUGAUGAGGUGUUCAGAACACGUCUACCCUGUGUCUUUGAUAUUGCUGUAUUUUGCAUGUCAAUAUAUCAAUGGGUGUUUUUUUCCCAAAGCUACUGAAGGCAGAGUGGUUAGGUAGGGUGGUAAAAAGACUAGAUGUAUCCAUUUGUUCAUGAAUUGUGUACUUCCUACAAAGGUGCACAGGAUAAUUUCUCCCUGUGUGUUGCUUAUUGAACCAUGUCAGAUACUAUAUGAGACACAUGGAUAUACAAGACAUCCUACCUGCUUAGAUUUACCUUUUUAAAGAUGGCAGGAUUCCCUAUAAAAGUAGCAGUUCAGAUUUGUGUGCCAUCAAAACAAUUGUAAGCCCACAUCUUUAAGCUGACUUUUGGAAUAAUGGUGUACUGAAGUCUGUUGUGCACUGAAUAACGGCUUCUCUUACACCGACUCAUGUUGUCCGACGACAAACAAAAACCUUCUCUGCUUGGCGAGCGACAUACUGGUCUGUGGUCUGACUUAGCCUGAUUCUGGGUUCUUUACCUUGCUUCAUUAACUGCAGUGGCCAGGUUAUAAAGUUAUGCACUGUUAGCAUGCUUUGGUUGGGUUUCAUUUGUUUUUUUUUGUUUUUUUUUUUUCCAUUGCAAGGGUGAUUUUGACCAUGUAAAAUAAUUUGUAAACUUGCAUCAAGUUUAUGAAUAAAGAAUUUUAUGAAAUAUC